AUGAACCAGCAACCAGAGGAAGCGAGGCCUGCUGAGGCGCCGACGCGCAUCACUGGGAAUCCGCUCGCGAACUCAACGACCGCCCUUUUUGCUUCGCCCGAUCGGGCUGAACCCCCUGCAGCCGGAAGGACGGAAUCCGCGCCGAACCACGCGAUCGACCGACUCGCGAACCUAAUCGGUGAAAUGUCCUCGAAGUUCACCGAUUUCAGUGAACGGCUGCUGGCAAUCGAACGGCUCAACGACCCGAGGCAGCUUGGCGCCGGCGACCCGAUACAGCAUGGCGCCCAUGAACCACAUGGCACACGCCAACCGAUGCAGCAUGGCGGCGCAGAACGAGAGCAGCAUGGCGACCGCGCACCAGGGCAGAAUGGCUUCACCCAGCACAUGGGAAAUGGUGGAGGCCAUGUACCCACAUCAAUGCACCACGCGACACCCAUAAUGCCGGCACAAACGCCAGUGGCCUUCACGGAACCCCGACCAGCGAUGUACCAACAUAUUCCGAACCCGUCGGGGGUUUAUCAGCAGGCACACGAUCCGAGACACGUGUCUUACCAGCAUGCAUGGCCCCAAGCCUCGCUGAACCAGAGCCAGAUUUCAGCGAGGCAAGGAGUGCCUAAGGACUUGCCACCGUUCUCUGGCAUGGCUGAAGAAUGGCCGAUAUUUAUCGCGAGUUUCGAAAACUCAACGGCGAUAUGUGGCUACAGUGCGGAGGAGAACCUACUCCGACUACAGAAGGCCCUAAGAGGCAAGGCUCUAGAGGCGGUGAGAUACCGCCUGCUGCACCCCUCUAACUUGGAUGGAGCCAUCGCCACGCUGAGGACCUUGUUCGGCAGGCCAGAAGUGAUCGUGCACAACAUGGUUAGUAAAAUUCGUCGGCUGCCGCCCCCUAGUGAGCAACGCAUUGAAACACUCAUCGACUUCGGAGUGGCAGUGCAGAACAUGUGCGCGACGAUCCAGGCCGCCGGCCUCGAUGAUUACAUGUGCAACGUGGCCUUGUUGCAGGAACUGGUGGACAAGCUCCCACCUACCAUCAAACUAAAAUGGGCGUUCCAUAAGCAAGCCCUGCAGCGGGUCACACUAGCCGACUUCGGCAUUUGGAUGGAGAUCAUCGUCUCAGCAGUGAGCUCGGUGACGCUACCGACGGAAGAAACGCCGCACGACAAGAGGAGAAACAAUGGCAGCAAGCAGCGGACAACCAGCCAAUAUAUUAACACACACGUAGCCCAUGACCUUCCACCGGCCGGCGACGGAUGUGUAAUCUGCAAGGGCAGAGACUGUGUGUUGCCAAAUUGCAAGCAGUUCCAGGAUAUGAGCGUCGGUGAACGGUGGACUGCCGUCAAAAGGAACCGGUUAUGCCGAACGUGUCUGGUGAACCAUGCGGGUCAACAGUGCUCCCAGACAUUGUGUGGGAUAAACGGGUGCUCAUAUGCGCACCACCGAUACCUGCACCAGGACAAGAAGCUGGGGCCGACCCCUGCCUCUACCUCAAACCCCACACCCACAUCUACAUGUAACGUACAUCAACUAGACAACAAAGAAAUAUUAUUCCGAUACGUACCGGUCGUGAUAACGGCGAACGGCAGGCGUGUUGAAACAUACGCGUUCCUUGAUGAUGGUUCAUCUUCAACAUUCAUUGACAGGAAACUCGCAACAGAACUUGGAGUGGAAGGCAGGCCGCGGCCCAUAUGUUUGAAAUGGACGGAUAACCAGAGCCGAGAGGAAACGGACUCGCUACAACUUUCGCUGCGCAUAUCUGGAGUCGGGCCAACAGCGCAGCAGUAUACGCUCCAGAAGGUUCACACACUAUCGAACCUGGAGCUUCCUACCCAGUCGGUUGCGGUAGAAGAGUUGGCGAAUCAAUAUGCGUACCUACGUGGUCACCAGAUACCCUCCUACCAAAACGUUAGUCCGAAAUUGUUGAUCGGGAUGGACAAUUGCCACCUCGGCUACCCGAUCGACUGCGUCGAAGGGGGCACGGGAGAACCGGCCGCCAUCAAGACAAGGCUCGGUUGGAUUUUACACGGACCAUGCCCGGGAAGGAGCCGCGAGCCAGUACCGACAUAUCACGCGCUCCACAUAUGUGAAUGUCGGAAAGGAGACGCCGAACUUGGUGAAACCCUCAACCGCUACCUGGCGAUAGAGUCGCUCGGAGUAGCGCCAAAGGAUAGCGUGUUACACUCGAAGGACGAAGAACGCGCCCUUCAACUGUUGGUGAAGGAAACACGGUUAGUGGGGAACCACUAUGAGACUGGCCUGCUGUGGCGACACGACGACGUUCGCCUCCCGUGCAACCGCGCCAUGGCACUACGUCGCGACACGUGCCUUCGGAGGAGGAUGGUAAAAGAUCCGACCUUGGCAGCCUCCAUACGAACCACAAUGGAAGCGCAUGAAGCCAAAGGAUACAUUCGCCGCCUCACUGAAAAGGAAGUAAAUGCUAAGGGGCCUCGGGACUGGUAUCUACCGAUAUUCCCAGUAAUUAACCCGAACAAGCCCGACAAGAUACGAAUAGUAUUCGAUGCGGCAGCGGAGGUCAACGGCGUGAGCUUAAACAAAUGUCUAUUAACGGGUCCCGACCAACUAUCAUCAUUACCAUCAGUACUACAUAGAUUCAGAGAGCACGGCAUAGCCGUAGUGGGCGACAUCAGGGAGAUGUUUUUCCAAGUAAAAAUGAAAGCAGAGGACCAACGGUCUCAAUUAUUCUACUGGUGUGGAAAUGAAAAUGACACGAAGGCGGCGUCGGACGUCUACGCACUAACAGUCAUGACAUUCGGCGCAGCAUGUUCGCCGAGUGCUGCACAAUUCGUCAAAAACAUAAACGCCGAACGGUUUGUUGAAAAAUAUCCGAAAGCAGUAGAUUGCAUAAAGACGCUACAUUACGUCGAUGAUAUGUUGGCAAGUGUCGACACCGAGGACGAAGCCAUCAAACUCUGCGAAGAAGUAAGAUACAUUCACGCACAAGGUGGAUUCGAAAUCACGAACUGGCUAUCAAACUCAGAACGAGUGCUAUGCAGUCUCCAACAGCAGGAGAAACAACCACCACUGCCAAAAGAGACGAGCCAAGUUCACAAUCUGUGCCCGACCCCUAGCACAGCAAAGGUCCUAGGCAUGUGGUGGGACAUGAAGGCGGACGUGUUUACAUACCGGCGAUCGAUAAAACACGAGGAAGAACUGCUAUCGUGUAGGAGACCUCCCACUAAGCGCGACGUAUUGCGAACGCUGAUGGCCGUAUACGACCCACUGGGCCUCAUUGGACACUACCUCAUGUACCUAAAAGUAGUCUUACAAGAGAUAUGGCGUGCCAAAAUCGACUGGGAUGAGGAACUCAGCAGCGACUUAAUUGUAAAGUGGAAGGCCUGGGUUGAGCUGCUGCCCGACUUGCAGCGUGUUAGCGUACCCAGAUGCUACGACAGCACCCGUUAUCGGGAAAACUCGAUCGUGCAAUUGCAUGUAUUCUGCGAUGCAAGCGAAUGCGGUAUGGCAGCCGUGGCCUAUUUCCGCAUUGUGAAAGACAGCUCCAUAAAAUGUGCCCUAAUAGGGUCAAAGACACGGGUGGCACCGACGUCAUUUGUAUCGAUACCACGAUUAGAACUACAGGCGGCCGUGAUUGGGGCACGAUUCGCCUCCAACAUCGCCCAAUCACACGAAAUCCCCAUAGUUGAACGAUUCUUCUGGACCGAUUCGCGGAACGUCAUCAGUUGGCUCAAAUCGGACCAUCGCCGAUACAGCCAGUUCGUGGCCUUCCGUGUGAGCGAGAUACUGGAGACAACCAAGGCAAAUAAUUGGAAUUGGAUCUCCACGAAACUCAACAUCGCCGACGACGCCACCAAAUGGACCACCACGCCAAGGCUCGACCCAGGAAGCCGUUGGUUCCAGGGCCCCGAUUUUCUCUGGGCAACAAUGGAUCAGUGGCCAAACCGAACUUUCGAGGGCAGUGACACCCAAGAAGAACUACGUCCGAAUUUGUUACAUCACCAUAUUCAAGAUCGAUUCCUGGAAUUUGAACGGUUCUCCAAGUGGCGACGUCUCGUUCGAGCAAUUGGUUAUGUGCUACGAUUCACCGGGAAUGCGCGCUGUAUUAAGAAGAGCUCCCGAUGCAGCGGUCCGCUCACAGAAGAUGAGCUUGGCCGUGCCGAGCGAAUCAUCAUUAGAGUAGCACAACAAGAAACCUUCGCGGAAGAGAUCAGGGCACUUAAGGGGCCCAUCCAGAAACAUCCGUACAAGCCAGUGUUAAGAAAAAAAAGUUCACUGUACAAAGUGUCACCCGAACUUGACGAAAACAGUGUCCUCCGUGUCAGUGGGAGGCUUGCGAACUGUCCAUGGAUCGACGAAGCAACAAAGAAGCCGAUAAUCCUGCCUAGACGGCACCUAGUAACUGACCUAAUUAUCAACUACACGCACAGGCGCUACCACCACCAUGGACAUCAGACGGCGAUUAACGCACUACGGUCACAUUACCACAUUCCUAGGUUGAGAGUCGAAUUCAACCGUGUGCGCAAACAAUGCCAACGAUGUAAAAACCGUGAUGCGCGACCUGUAAACCCCUUGAUGGGCAACCUUCCCAAAGAGCGACUUGCUGCCUUCCGACCGGCUUUCUGCUAUUCGGGUCUCGACUAUUUCGGACCGAUGACUGUAGCAGUUGGGAGACGAGUGGAGAAAAGGUGGGGAGCGCUGUUUAUGUGUCUCACCACAAGAGCUAUCCACGUCGAACUGGUUCACUCACUAAAUACAUCAUCCUGCAUCCUGGCGAUCCGUCGAUUCAUCGCCAGACGAGGGAAGCCACUCGAGAUUAUCAGCGACUGUGGCACAAAUUUCAUCGGAGCAUCACGCGAGCUAAAAGAAGCAUGGAAACAGGUUGAUAGCAGCCGACUGAUAGAAGAGACGACGACGAAUCUCCGGUGGGUUUUUAAUCCGCCUGGUGCGCCACACUUCGGGGGGUCCUGGGAGCGAUUGAUCGGCUCGGUGAAAAAGGGACUGCGUGAGAUGCGGCUCCCGCGACUACCAACCGACGAGAUUCUACAAUCGACAUUAGCAGAGGUGGAGUUCUCCGUUAAUUCGCGACCACUGACGGACGUCCCGAUCGACGUCGAGUCCGAGCCCCCGCUGACGCCCAACCAUUUCUUACUCGGAACCUUCAACGGGGACAAGCCACAGCUCCCGUUCGAUGACCAUCCCGCAACCGUGAAAACGUCUUGGCUGACGUCGCAGAAGUUGGCAGACAUCUUCUGGAAGAAAUGGAUUCGGGAGUACCUUCCAACGCUCACCAGGAGGAGUAAGUGGGUAAACAAAACACGACCAAUAGCAGUAGGCGAUGUAGUCGUCAUCGCGGACGAGAACUCACCGCGAAACUAUUGGCCAAGAGGAAUAGUAGUGAACGUAGUGCAGGCCAAAGACGGACAGGUCCGACGCGUCAUGAUCCAAUCAGCGGGUGGACAGGUAUACGAGCGUCCAGCAACCAAGGUCGCAGUAUUAGAUGUAAAAACUAGGACCUAA